GCUGUCAAAAGCGAGAGAUGCGCCGUCCGAGAAAACAUGGCGUAAAGUGAGCGUGUUGCUCGUGUGUCAGUGAUUUCGGUAAGAGACUCGUAGUUAGAGGACGGAUUCUCGAGGAGGGAAUUCCGGAACUCGUCGAGGAGACACGCCAGGAACACGCACCAGGAGAGACGCACCGAUUCGGUAGGUCUCUCUUCGAGCCUGUCAUCGAGGGACUACUCUUCGUUCUGCCGGCCGCCCAGCCAUCUCAGAGAUUCCACCUCGCCAGUCACGCAGACCCGCGAUCAUGGUUUGCAGAGCCGAUGAAAAGACUCAAAUAUGUGUGGUCCAAUUCAAUUUACCUUAUGAGAUACCUAAUCAGAAACUUUGCACUAUCGACAAAUUUUCUUUAUAUGUAUCUACACGCGUAAUAGAUCUUUACAAUUAUAUUGAAGAACAUUAUCAUAUGCAACCAAAUAGCUUUAAAUUACUUUUAUGCACAUCAACAUGCAAAAUGAUCUAUUUGUCUGAUGUGAAAGACAAAACAAUGGAAGAAAUUGGAGUAGAUUUCUCGAUUGAUCCGAGUUCAGCUGGAUUAAAAAAUACUCUAUUUGUUCUUGAUCCGCAACAACCUUUUGUUAUUGAUGGAACACUACCAAAAAAUGUGGAAUACAGUUUGCCAACAUACAAUCUCGCAGGUGCUCCAGCUCUUCAGCCACAUGUAUGGGGAAAAGAGGAUAUUGUUAGAGAAGAUGUGAGGGAAGAUGUUAGAGAUGGUAAAGAGGAAGUUAACUUUAGAAGUUUCAUUAAGACUGAGACAAGCUAUGUUGGUUUAGUCAAUCAAGCAAUGACCUGCUACUUAAAUAGUCUUCUCCAAGCAUUAUAUAUGACUCCAGAAUUUCGUAACGCACUAUAUAAUUGGGAAUAUGUAGAUAGUUCAGAAAAAGAUGAAGCCUUAAGCAUACCAUAUCAAUUACAGAAAUUAUUUCUUAAUUUGCAGACAUCUACCAAAUCUGCAGUGGAAACUACAUCCUUGACCAAAAGUUUUGGAUGGGAUUCUACCGAAGCAUGGCAGCAGCAUGAUAUUCAAGAGCUUUGUAGAGUUAUGUUCGAUGCAUUGGAACAGAAAUUUAAAAAUACAGAACAAGCGGAUUUGAUCAACAGACUUUAUGAAGGAAAGAUGAUUGAUUAUGUUAAGUGUCUCGAGUGUGGAACAGAGAAAUCGAGAGAAGAUACAUUUCUUGAUAUUCCAUUGCCAGUUAGACCAUUCGGCAGCAACAUUGCAUAUAAUAGUGUGGAAGAAGCAAUCAGAGCGUUUGUUCAAUAUGAAACAUUGGAAGGAACUAAUCAGUAUCAUUGUGAAAAGUGCAACAAAAAAUGUGAUGCGCAUAAAGGAUUGAAGUUUACAAAGUUUCCAUAUCUAUUAACCUUACAUCUCAAGCGAUUUGACUUUGAUUACAAAACCUUUCAUAGAAUCAAGCUUAAUGAUAAAGUCACAUUCCCAGACAUAUUAAAUCUAAAUUCCUUCAUUUCGUCCACAACGAGUCAAGAAUCCCCAGGUGGUGAGGAAGACAUUGGCUUAGGUAUCAAAUGCGAUGAUAGCUCUACAACAGAUAGCGGUACUUUAGACGACGAUUGUGCACCAUGUGACAACAGCCUUUCCAACAGUAAUCAUUCAGCCAAUCAUGAUCAAGAUGAUGAUGAAGGUAUUGAUAUGAGCAAUGGACCAUCGACAUCGAGUUGUACCACGCAUAAUCAUGAGAAUGAAAAGAAUCGCGGUACUUACAUGUUAGGAAAAGGUCCAUAUAUGUACGAACUGUUCUCAAUCAUGAUUCACAGCGGUAGCGCGAGUGGAGGCCAUUAUUACGCUUAUAUAAAAGAUUUUAGAACACAAGAAUGGUUAUGUUUUAAUGACCAAAGUGUAACUCAGAUAACUCACGAUGAUAUUCAAAAAACGUAUGGCGGCGGACCAUCAAGAGCAUAUUAUAGUGGCGCAUAUAGCAGCAGCACAAACGCAUAUAUGCUCAUGUAUAGGCAAAUUGAUCGUACUCGUAAUGCCUUGCCUAUGCAAACUCAAGAUUUUCCACGACAUAUUCAAGAACUAUUGAAGAAAAUGAAGGAAAAUGAAGAUAACGAUAGAAAAAAUCGUGAGAAACAAAUGUCCAUACCUAGAUUGAAAAUAUACUGUCAUCAUCCGGUAGAGGGAAAAUUGAUGAAUAUCAAAUUAUACGUUAUGUCCGACAUUACAUGGGCCGAGGCAACAGAGAAAGCAUAUAAGAAAUUUGGUCUCGAAAAUGUAGUGAGUUUGGAUCAGUGCCGUUUAGUUAGUUACGAACAUAAUACUGAUUUAAUAGAAUGCAGUUACGAUGAUCGAGAGCACGAAUCUGUUGGAAGUAUAUGGCGUAUUUCACGUCGAUUCGAUUUGUUGUUAGAAAUUCGUCGCAAAGAUCAGAAGUUUGAAACAUAUUUACCAGGUGGAGUUGCAACAAAAGUAUUUAUCAUAGACGUAGCCAGAGAGGAGGUAAUUGACGGUCCGAUCGAUAUUCGAGGUUCUUUGUCGCAAAGUGUUAAAGAAUAUAAACAAACCGUAGGGAAAAUUAUUAAUAUAGAUCCUAAGCAAAUGAAAGUAAUAUUGCGAAAGCAUCCAGAAACUAGACUUGUGGAAAAUGAUGAUAGUGAUCUUCAAACUGAAGGAUUUUAUAAUGCAAAUAAAAUUUUCAUAUCAACAAUGUAUGAUAUAGAUAAUAAAAAACCUUUUCUAGAAUCAACAGUAUACAGAGUUAUAGAGAAUUUUAGAUAUGUUAUUUCGUUGCAUGUCCAGUUACCAGAUGUGAGCAAAGAAACAUUGGAAGAGUUAAAUAUCCCGUUGUUAGAGGAUAAACAUGAGGAAAAGGAAAAGCCUGUUAGCAAUGGUUCACCCAAACUGUGCGUUCCCGAGUCGCAUUGGGAUAUCAAUCUGAAAUGUAAUGAAAAUUCAAAAGGUUGUGCACGAAGUAACGAAGAUAGCACUAUUCGAAAUAUAAGUCCUCAAUUAGGGGAGGCUGAAGAGUGGAAUACACCUGAACAGAGUAAUAGCGAAGAUAGUAGUCUUAGCGAUAGCGAUAAAACGUUAGUCGGCGAUGCGCCGGAGGGUGUUGACAUUGAAAAAAUAUAUAGGCCAUAUAGUGGUACAUUUAAAGAGUACAAGAUUUCAAAGCAAUUCGAAAUAGAAAAUUGGGACAUCGAUGACGACUCUGAAUAUUAUUUUAGAGCUACGCCUUAUACAGAUAGUACUCAACAAAAAUUACUUAAAGUAUUAGUGGAUAAAAGAAUGAGAUUAAGCACUUUGAAAAAAGAUUUGGAACCGUUCGUAAGUGUACCUGUGGAUUAUUUCAAAAUUUUCCGUUUAUCGAAUUCUGGUGAAUCGGAAUGUAGCUGUCUAACGGAACAGCUUAACUCGUACGAGGAUGGUGAAAGACUUAACGUGAAACUCGGACGAGCCUUGCGUAGUGGAGAAUUCAAAGUCAAAUUAUACCAACUAUUGGUCGACUCUACUGAGCCUUAUAAAUUUUUGUGCGAAUGGAUCGUCUCGAAAGAUAUGACGGUUGGGCAAGCGAAAAAAGAGAUACUGGCAGAAAUAAAGAGAAAAUACGAUAUAGAUAUACCAUAUGAAAAAUGUCGGCUUAGAAAAAAAUAUUAUAAGACAGCCUCAAAAGUAUUCUUAAACGAACAGAAAUUCGAGGAUCUCCGAUUUCAGUCGCAAUUUGAAAUGAUUGUUCAAGAAUUACCAGAUAAAGAGACAAUCACAGAUACCAAUCAGAUUGUCGUGUUUGUCAGAAGGUGGUUACCAGCAAAAGUGCAACUAGAACAAUUUCAAGAAAUUGUCAUGGAUAACAAAACCGUCGAAGAAUUAAAAAAGAAGCUUUCCUCAAUAUCAGAUAUUCCAGAGGAGAAUAUAGAUAUAGCAAAAGGAAAAGGCCAUUUUCCAUGUGACAGUUCUGUGCUUCGAAUUCAAAAUGAACUUGAUUGGAAUGAACAGUAUGAUAAUUUAGUUUACAAUUUUGAUGAUGGUGCUGUUUUCUUAUAUAGGGAUAAUAGGGAAAAACCAAAACAAUUAAAUCCUGAUGAGGUAAUGGAAAUCGCUUUUAAGGAAAACUCACGCUUAACGCCGCUUACUACUACUUCAAGUUACAGUCCACGUCGAGAGAGAGCACUUAAAAUAUAUUUGGAUACUGAAUGAUCUUUUAUAGAGAAAACGUCUCUUAAAAACAAAUUGCUAAAUAAGCAGGUGUGUGAACACACAACAUUUGCACGUUUAUAUUUGUGAAACCGGCAUGUCAUCAAAUAUCAGGUAUUUUGUGUUUCAAUGAGUCUUCAGCAUUUCAAAGCUUCCGCGUUUCUAAGAGUUUUUGAUUUUUUUUUGAAACUAUUGAAUUUUGAAGACUGUUUGGAUUUGUGAAUUGUUAUAUAGUAACAUGUAAUUCGGGAUCUUUGUAU